AUGGUGAUCACUAGCGAUGAUGCCUCUGGUAUACCUAAUUUACAUACAUAUCUUCAUCAACAUUUUGAUAUGAAGAGUCUUGGUAAGCUACGUUAUUUUCUAGGUCUUGACAUUUCCGACACAAUAGAUGGUAUGUACUUGUCUCAAGAGAAGUAUGCUUCUGACCUCAUCUCCCUUGCUAGUUUGACUGAUAGCAAAACUGCCUCGACUCCACUUGAGGCAGAUUGUCGUCUUACUCCUCUCGAUGGAACCCCUCUUAAAGAUCCCACACUCUAUCGUCAGUUAAUGAGCUCCCUAAUAUAUCUAAUUGUUACUUGCCUUGACAUAGCUCAUGCAGUUAACAUAGGAACUCUCUUACAUGGUCUUCACUUCUCCAUUCAUUCAUCAUUGGUACUCACUAGUUACUCAAAUGCUGAUUGGGCAGACGAUCUCACUAACCGACGCUCCAUUACUGGUUAUUGUUUCUUCUUGGGUGAUUCUCUUGUUUCCUGGUGA